CCACCGCAACAUAAAAAAGCCCACAGUACUGGUGAAAAUACCAAGAGAUCAAGCUCUCAAAAAAAGUCUCUAGGGUUUCGCUAGGGUUUGUUUCUGUGCUACUAUGGCGUCGGAGAGUGAUCAGGGACGUAGGAUCAAGGGAUCCGUGAAAUGGUUCAAUGAUCAAAAGGGUUUCGGUUUCAUUACUCCUGAUGACGGCGGUGAAGAUUUGUUUGUUCAUCAAUCUGGUAUCAAAUCUGAAGGCUUUCGUAGCUUAGCUGAAGGUGAAGUUGUUGAGUUUGAAGUUGAGUCUGGUGAUGAUGGCCGUACUAAGGCUGAUAAUGUUACUGGACCGGAUGGUGCACCUGUUCAAGGUGGUGGCCAUGGCGGAAGCGGUGGAGGCGGCGGCGGGGGUCGAUAUGGUGGUGGAGGUGGAUAUGGCGGCGGUGGAGGUGGUAGAUAUGGUGGAGGUGAUGCUGGUUACGGAGGUGGUCGGUAUGGAGGUGACGGUGGAUACGGCGGCGGUGGUGGUAAUAGGUAUGGUGGAGGCGGCGGAUAUGGCAGCGGCGGCGGUGGUGGAAGCGGGUGUUAUAAGUGUGGAG